GAGUCGAUUAAUUUAAUAUUUCAAUUUGAGUUUGAGCGCAGCCGACGCUUGGAACGAGAAUAUUGGAGCAUUAGGGUUUCCGAUGCAGGCAGUCGGCAGCUUAUCGGAGAUGUUUUUCGGGUUUCCGGAAGACGGAGAGACGAUGAUUCCGGAGAGAUUUAGCAAUGUUGCUGCGGUAUCAUCACCGGAGAGUGAAACGUUAGAGGAAGAAGAUGAUCAGGAUAAGGAAGGCAAUGGCGUUGUUGAAGAUAACACGGCCUUUUGGGAGACGCAACACAAGGUUUUACAGGCGACUUUGUGCAGAAGUAGCUCUCUAGAGUCAAAGAUAAGAAACGCCACAAAAGAAGCUCUGAAGGACAUACAAAAUGUAGCUGGAAAUAUAUGCGCUUGUGGGCGAUCGGUGGCUUCCGGUGGUUGCCGGAGUUGCUUGAUGAGAGAAGUCUCUGGCCGCCUUAGAAGCGCCGGCUACAACUGCGCCGUUUGCAAGUCAAGUUGGAGAAGCUCCCCGGAUAUUCCAUCAGGGGAACACACAUUCAUCGAUGUGAUAGAAAAUUCAAGCACAAAGAAAGGAGAGGUGCGGGUGAUUAUCGAGUUAAAUUUCAGGGCAGAGUUCGAGAUGGCAAGAGCGAGCGAAGAUUACAACCGACUAGUCCGCCGUCUGCCGGAAGUAUUCGUCGGAAAAGUGGAAAGAUUAAAUAGUGUGAUAAAGAUCUUAUGCACAGCCGCGAAGCAGUGCAUGAAGGAGAAGAAAAUGCACAUGGGUCCAUGGAGAAAACACCGAUACAUGCAAGCGAAGUGGCUAAGCUCCUGUAAAAGAACCACAACUUCGGCAGUAAUUUCAUUGGAAAAUUCUGGUAGAUUGCCGAAGCCUAGAGCGUCUAUGCUCACUGUAGAUUUGCUUGAGAAAUUGCCCAAUAUGCAUUGUACAGCAGUUGAGGUUUUGUGAUUGAAAUUUUGUCUACUUUCUUCGUUGGGUUUAAUUGUCGGCCUUUUCAUGGUCAAACUUUCGGCUUGGAGUGUAUAGAUAUGGCCACGAUUGGGUGGAUCAUAAAUAAGGAAAAAAAAUAUCGGUUUCUUAUUUA